AUGGGCAUCGACUUCGAGGUGAACGACUACAUAAAGACGCUGAAGAAAGAUGGGGGCCCGUUUAAGUGUCCGAUGUGCGAGAAGAAAUACAAAUCGGUGAUCGGAUUGCAGUACCAUCUGAACAACUAUGAUCACGACAAUCCAUCGCCGACGGUAUCGACCGCAGUGUCGACACAGAUCAAACAGAAGGGUCGCAAGAUGAAGUUGGGCGUAACGCCGAAAAAUCAGCUCGCUGCGAGCCCCCCGAAGGAAGGCAUCACGUAUCUGGAGGCCGAGAAACUGGUGCGGCUCGAUUGUAAUGGCAAGGUCAUCAAAAUUCCAGUACACGACGAACUGCAGAUUGUGUCGCUCGAAGAGUACGAGAGCAAGUGCAAGCUGUCGUCCGAGUUUGAGGCGUUCGCCGUGGCCCCGCCCGAGGAACCGGAAGUGCAGCUGCCCGAGGGCAAGUUUAAGGAGAUCGAAGACUACACGAUCUGUGAUGCGCCACCGCGCCCGAACGCCUACAUACGGUUCAUCGAAAAGUCGAGCGAAGAGCUGGACGGUGAAGUGGAGUAUGAUGUGGACGAGGAGGACACGACCUGGCUGAGCAUCAUCAACGAACGGCGCGCGGCACAGAACGUCGGGCCGGUGACGGUGGAUUCGCUCGAGCUGCUGAUGGACCGGUUGGAGAAGGAAUCGUUCUUCCAGGCGGCUGCCAACGGGCAAAACGGGGCCGUGGUCGACGACGAUGCCGUGUGCUGCAUCUGCAUGGACGGCGAGUGCCAAAACACGAACGUGAUUCUGUUCUGCGACAUGUGUAACCUGGCCGUCCACCAGGAUUGCUACGGUGUGCCGUACAUCCCCGAGGGUCAAUGGCUGUGUCGCCGUUGUUUGCAGAGUCCAAGCCGGCCGGUGAACUGUGUGUUAUGUCCGAACACGGGCGGAGCGUUCAAACAAACCGACAAGGGUGAUUGGGCACACGUCGUAUGCGCGCUGUGGAUUCCAGAAGUGCGCUUUGCCAACACUGUGUUCCUGGAGCCGAUCGAUUCGAUCGAAACGAUCCCGAUGGCCCGGUGGCGCUUGACGUGCUAUAUCUGCAAGCAAAAAGGGCGUGGGGCUUGCAUUCAGUGUAACAAAAGCUACUGCUACGCUGCGUUCCACGUGACGUGUGCGCAGCAGGCCGGGCUUUGCAUGCGCAUGGAUACCGUCAAAGGUACUGACAGCAAUCCGGUCGUGGUACAAAAGACGGCCUACUGCGACUCGCAUACUCCACUGAACGCACUGCAAACGUCACCGGAUGCGGCUUCCCAGCUAUCUGAUGCACGCGAGGUGACGCGCGAGAAGAUGAAAAAAGCCCGGAAACUGCUCGCCCUGAAACGUACCAGUGCGCCGGUCAUUCUGAUUCCGACCAUUCCGCAAAAUCGCAUCGAAGAGAUCUCGUCGCUUGUGAACAUCCCAAAGAAGCAGCAGUUCAUCCAGCGUCUCAUAGCCUACUGGACGCUCAAGCGACAAUAUCGAAACGGAGUGCCGCUGCUUCGGCGGCUCCAGUCACAGGGUCAGGCACAAGGCACGAUGCCGGGCUGUCGCGAUCGGACCGACGGAUCGCCCGAUGCACGCGAGCUGUACCAGCAGCUCAAGUACUGGCAGUGCCUGCGGCAAGAUCUCGAGCGCGCUCGCCUAUUGUGUGAGUUGGUGCGCAAACGGGAAAAGAUCAAACUGAUCCUAAUCAAAACCACGGAACAGUGCGUAAUGGCGCAACUCAAUCCGAUCGAGAGUGUGCUGCAUCGUAUUCUGGAUCAGCUGGAGGUCAAGGAUGACAAGGAAAUCUUCCGCGAACCGGUCGACAUCGACGAGGUGCCGGACUAUAUGGACAUUGUGAAACACCCGAUGGAUCUGGGGACGAUGCGGCAAAAGCUCAAGCGGGGCAUGUACGUGCGCAUCGAAGACCUGGAGCAGGAUUUCGGCCUGAUGAUACGGAACUGUCUCGCGUACAACAACAAAGAUACGAUGUUUUACCGGGCUGGCGUGCGGAUGCGUGACGCGGGUGCAAUUGUGUUUCGCACCGUGCGCAAGGAACUGGAGCGUUCGGGAAUGUUUCAGAAGGCCGCACCGGUGGCGGUGUCAGCUCCUACGGCGGUUUCGGUUACACCCGCCGCUUCGUCCGGUACUCUCCAUAGUAGAGGUUCAACAUCCGGCGAGGACAGCAUUGCAUUGGACAUCGAAAGUGAGCUGACGAAAAUAACGGGCCAAUCGGCGAGUGCCGACCACAUCGGCAAGCUGCAAACACUGCUGACGAAAGCGAACGGCAUCCGGCACGCACUGACCCGAUCGAAGCGUAUCAAGCAGAUACGCAAUGAAAUUGCACGCGUCAAACGUGCGCUCAGCAAGGAACCGGAACGGGCACUGCUGACCGAGCGCGUAUCGAACGAUCUAGUGGCUCCGGCCGGUGGGCCACCAUCUACGCUGUCGGCUCACUCGGCUUCGUUUGCCGGAGGCUCUUUAUCGCCGAAAAAGUUGGGCCAUCCGUUCCAUGCCGAACCAUCGACGAGUGGCGCGUCCAUCGGUGAUGCGAGAGUCGCUGUUGGAGUGAAACACGCCACUCCCGACACGAGUCCGCUGAAGGUGCUCAACAGCAGUCCCUCCCCGUCGGGCGUUAAUCGAAGGACGGCCGUUUUGUUUACACGCAAAGCACAGGCUGCUCUGAAGAAGCCAGAGCUGCUAUCACGUGGUGAAGCCGCUAUCGGUGGAGCGAACUCCACAACGGUGGCGCACGCCACUCCGCACGCCAUGUCGACAACGGAAUUGCUGCAAAAGUCAGCGAAAAAGAUUAACCGCGGCAAGCGCAUCGGCAAGAGUGGCAAGGGUAUCGAGUCGUUCCUAGAGUCGGCCACCUCGUCCGCGCUCGACGGAAAGGGUCUCCGCAAAUCGCUCGAAGCCAUCCCGGACAGCUUCCGGGUGUACCGUGGGCAGCAGGAUCGCGAGAUCAGCGACUCCGAAAGCAAUCUCAGCCUCACCGGAAGCACCUGCAGCAGUUGCAGUGGGUUCAGUGGUAGUGGCACCGAGUCCGAGUUUGGCAUGGAUGAAGAUCAAUCGUUCUGCGACACGGAGAUGUCGUCCGGGACUGGCGAACACGAGGACGCGGUCGAGCAGUUCCCGGAAAAGCCGGCCCUCGAGCCGCUGAAGCUCGUGUGGGCCAAGUGCCGUGGUUACCCAUGGUAUCCGGCCCUCAUCAUCGAUCCAUGCAUUCCGAAAGGGUUCGUGCACAAUGGCGUCCCACUGCCGGCCCCUCCCGCCGACGUGCUGGCCCUGCGUAGUAACUACGACGAGCCCGUCUUCCUGGUGCUGUUUUUCGAUGUGAAGCGCACCUGGCAGUGGUUGCCCGUGGGCAAACUGGAACUGCUCGGGGUCGACAAGGAGCUGGACCAGAGCAAGCUGAUCGAGUCGCGCAAAGCCACCGAACGGAAGGCGGUCAACAAGGCGUACCAGGAGGCGCUCCACUAUCACAGCCAAGUGUCGAGUGCCGAUGGACCGGCGGGAAAGUUAUGA